AUGCUGACAGAUGUCGCUACCAAUUCUGCUUUCUAUACAGCGCGACGAUGGCUACAAGAGUGCCAGGAUGACCACGCUAAAUGCCCCGGGAAGAAGGCCCCGACAUUGCCCAGCCGAGUGAUCGAUGUCGGGUCAGAGACUAAACGCGGCUCCGUCAAACUGCUAGUCAACUCUACACCUUGCAAAGCCCACUACACAGCGCUGAGCUACUGCUGGGGCGGAUCUCAGCAAGUAACGACGACGAAAUCGACGCUAGACGAUCAUGUUACCAGCAUCCCUUACGAUCAAUUACCGAAAACAAUUCAAGACGCCGUAAUGGCAACUCGGAAUCUCGGUAUUUCGUAUCUCUGGGCAGAUGCUCUCUGCAUCGUUCAAGACUGUGCGGUGGAUAAAGCUCAGGAGAUCAACAAAAUGGGGCAAAUAUACAAGAACGCGACGUUGACAAUUGCGGCUGCAAGUGCGAAGACGGCUCAUGAGGGUUUCUUGCAACCAAGGCCGAGGAUCCCUUCAUGCGAGAUUCCGAUCUACUACGACCACCAAUAUGACUAUGACUUCGCAACAGUACAAUCAUCGGAUGCAGACGAACCUUUGUACUCUCGGGGUUGGACGCUUCAGGAGCGGCUGCUUUCACCGCGCAUGCUGCUGUAUGGGCAGAAAGAACUGACCUGGCAAUGCCAACAGAAUUCGUCCGAGUCGCUAGGCACAACGUUCUACCAGCGCUCCACGGGCUGCAAGAGGCUCCCCGUUGGCAUCUUCGUCAACAAGAAGCUGAGCAGAAAGGAGAGACCGUCAAACACCCAGACCAAGCAAAUAUGGCAGAGCAUCAUCGAAGACCGCCUGCCGGCACUAGCAGGCAUUGCCGAACAACUACACGGCAUUUGGGGCGACUACGUUGCCGGAUUCUGGAAGAACUGCAUGCUUGCUCAUCUGGCCUAG